UGCCAUGUUUAUUCCCAGAAUGGUCAAAUUUGGCGGGCUCAGCUUCGUGUUGCCGUGGAGACGAGACACAAGAGUCUCACGUAGAGGCGUGGACGUCAGCGGUGGGCGAGAGGCUUUAGUUGUUCAAGUUCAAAUGGAAAAACACGUGGAUGGUUUGAAGGUAAUUUCUGAUCCAGGAACGUCCAAAAAUCCAUUUGGACCACUGUAACUGAAUUAAAUCAGCAAUCCUGGAGCACCCAGCUACCCAGUGAGAUAAAGAAAUGGAAGAGGCAUUUGGACUGCUGACCGAGGAGUUCAGAAGGUUGAAGAUUGUGUGUGUGAGGCAGGCAGAACUAAUUAAAGAGUUGACUGAGAAGAGGGAAAUAACUGUUGAUCUGCCCUUCACUGUGCCAAUACAAUGCACGGAUGCUGGGAAGCUUGACCAGUCAGAAGGACCCUUUCUCAGACCGCAGCAGAAGAAAGUCCUCCAGAGAGCUGCCUGCAAUGCACUUGCUGAUUCUCGAGAGGUUAUGGGGGACAUGAGCCAAGACGUGGAGUUGAAGUACUGCCCUAAACUUGACAUCAAAUAUCCGUCCUCCAACAAAAAUUAUGACUUUUCGAUGAAUGCAAAUGAAAAAUCACUUCACCUGAAAACUGCUGAUCUAUUGGAAGCUCUAACUAUAGAAAGUGCGGAAGGUUGUGUCAGUAACUUGUACGAUGACUACAGAAACACCUUUAGCUUUGACAAAAUCGGGAGUGUCUCGGAACAGCCACGUGCAAAUAUUCCUGAACCUUUCCUGGGUGGGCGAGUGGUGCUUUCAGGAUCAGACUACCCCUUUAGGGAAAAGGAGUAUUCCGAAACUUUCAGUGAUUCUGAAGCUGCUCUUGUUCCGGGGAGCUUGGACUCAGCUGUUAUUUAUCGUUCCACAGAAUGUGCAUCUGUUAUUUUCAAUUCUCCAGGGAUGAGUCGGCCGCCACAGAGCCCGUGGAGCCCUCAUCAUUUGCCUGAAGAUUGCUGUGCAGGACACGAAGCCACACUGAACUCGGAAUCAAGCCUCUCUUCCCAAGUCUGUGAAUUCUGCCAGGCCGUGUUUCCAGCUGGAGCGGCAACCCGAGGUGAUUACUUGGUGCACCUCACUGGACAUAUUGAAUGCGAUUAACCCCUGUGGCGACAUCUUGGGGCAUCUUGCUAACUAACCACUGCAAGAGCAAUGAGCAGAGCAGAACUGGGAUUCGAUGCACACUGUCCGUGUGUGGUGAAGCUGCGCAAUAGUUGGGAUGCAAGAUGCUCAAACUGAACAUAAAGCAUGACAUCGGCAGAUGGGGCUGGAAGUGGGGGAAGAGGUAAUUAAACUUGGUGAGAUGAACAGAAUUUGCUUUGCACAAGGCCACUUUAUACUCUUUGGUAUUGCAGAGAACAGAUGGCUGGAAGAGCGUGCUCCAUAGAAUAAUUUGCAGCAGGAGCGUGUUACCAGGCAGUGACUCAUCAGGGAGGGUUCACAUUACACUGUCAACAAAAAGAGUAGCUUUUCUGUUUCAGACAGAUAAACCUGGAGACAGGUAAAAUGAACCACCAUGACAUUAUAUUAUAUUCCAUUUGACUUCCGCUGCAGUAAUAUAUAUUGUCAUGUUCACUACUAUAUUAUCUUAGAUCAGAGAAUAAGGUAGUGCAGAUGGGGGCCAUUUAACAUUAAAAAGACACAACGUGCUGGAAUCAUUUAGCGGGUCAGGCAGUAUUUCUUGGAGAACAUGGAUAGGUGACUUUUCAGGUCAGGACCACUCUCCAGUUUGAAGAAUGGUCCCGACCCAAAUCGUCGCCUAUCCAUGUUCUCGAGGGAUGCUGCCUGACUCGCUGAGUUAUUCCAGCACUUUAUGUCUUUAUUUUUGUAAACCAGCACUUGCAGUUCCUUGUGUUUGUCAUUGAGCACAUGAUGGUUGCAUUGGCUCCCUUUAAGGGCUAUCCAUUCAGUUUCCUUCUCCUUUUCCUUUAUUUCUGCACCUUGUCGCAUCUCAAGAAUUUAUCUGAUUCUCAUUUUGAAAAUUAUUAUUGUAUCUGCUUGUACCAUUUAAAAAAAAAAAGAAAUGACAGUCAAAUUCUAACAAAUUCCUAUCUAUUUCUUUUGCUGCUUUUUUUUGCCAAAUAUGUUGCAAAUGUUUCCUUUCCAUUGCUGACACUGUUGGUGAAAAUAGCGUCAUCUUAUGCAAUGCAGCCAAAACCUUCAUGACUAAGAUCGCAUUUUUAAAAUGAACUCAUUAGAUCUGUGCAUCACUGACAUGGCCAACAUUUAUUGCCCCUCUAACUGCCCUCUUCAGUGGAUAACCAGCAUCUGCAGUUCCUUUCUAUACCUUCUAUAUAAUCUGGGAAGGAAAUGCAGAUUGAUAUUCCUGCAUAACAAGGAGGAAGCAAAAGCUGCACGUUUUUGCUAUCAAAUGGCCGGAGAGAGGGUUGCUUCUCAUGAAAAGCAGCCCCCUGUACCUUGCCAAUUGAAGUUGUUUCAAUCGUGAUUGUGCGAUGAAGUUGCCUAAUUGGGAGGCCAGGUAUCCACAGUGGCAACGGGUCUUCUCGCACCACUGAUACUGGGCACGCCGGAUUUUUUAGAUUGGCUCGUGGCUGGCAGCAACACGGGCUGUCCCUGUGUGGUGACUUUACAUCUUCAGGUUACGCUCUAACUUCUGAGUCAAAAGUCCUGCUUGAGAGCCUUGAACACAAUGACCACAGCUUAUAGUAUGUUCCGAAUGCAAACUCGGAUCCCACUACUGCAAAGAAGCAUGGGGAAUUCAUUCGACCAAUAUCAUUAAAUUGGUUGUUUGGUUGCUGCUUGCUGCAGGUUGGAGCUUGCUGUACGCAAAUCAGCUGCUGUGCCUUGUACAUUACAACAGUGACAAAAUUGCAAAGGUUCUUCAACAGCUAUAGGAAAUGAACAGCGGCUGCAAAAAGCGCAACAGCCAGCAAUACAACUUCUUUUGGCUAUCUAUCUGUAUAGCUAUUGGUUUACAUGGAACCUCCUGCUGCUCCAUUUACUUGCUCGGCACAGAACAAGUUCAGGCCUUGCUUGUUUUGCUUUUUGGUCCCAGAAGAUGUUCUACGAUCAUCCACUAACAAUUUCUAACAAUGUUAUAUUCUGCACUCUGGUAUUCCUCUCCUUGCACAACCUGUUGUAAUUGUGUGUGGUUUGAUUGUACUCGUGUAUAGUAUUUGACUGGAUCGCACACAGAAAACACUGCCCGCUGUAUGUCAGCACCCGUGGCAAUAGUAAACCAAUACCACUGCUAAAGUGAAGUUUAUUGUCACAUGCACAAGUAGACGUGUUGCUGAGUAGGUUUGCUGACGACACCAAAAUUGGAGGAGUUGCAGACAGUGAGGAAAGCUAUCAGAAGAUACAGCGAGAUAUAGAUCAGCUGCAGAAAUGGGCAGAGAAAUGGCAGUCCUCGCUGAUGAAAGACAGCGGAGGAAGGUCAGCAGACG